AUGCAGUACAUAAAAGCCAUUGAAGGCGAAAUGCUAAAACCAACACGUGGAUUAUUGGUGCGUAAUUGGACUGAAGAUGUCGUUAAUUUGGUUCAAUAUCCGCGAACUCAUUCUGUUGUUAAUGCAUCUCCGUUUUGUGUAAAGUUGGAAACUUGGUUGCGUAUCACUGGAAUAAAGCACAAGGUAGAGCUGAAUUUAAAUAGGAGCUUAGCAAAACAUGCGGAGGUACUUUUCUGUUCUGCCACACCCCCCUAA